AUGCGUGUAACAUCUGCACUUGCAUCACUUCUGGCGUUGUUGCCCGUCAUCAAUGGCCUCGAAUUCACAGCGCCCGACACCAGCCGCAAGCUGAAUCUCUCUGCGCCAAUCACCGUCGAGUGGCUGCUGCAGCAGAACGAAGGGAAUCCCGAAUUUAACGAAAUCGAUCUUUGGUGGCACGGCGAAUUCGCUCGCGGCGGCGGUUCAUUCGGGUAUGCCAUUGUGAAAAACCUCUCGGCUCCGGACCCCGGUAAAUUCGUCUACACGUGGGACCCGGCUUCCGAAGUCAAGGCAUUGGAAAGCGUCCCGAACACACUUUCCGCCGACAAAGUGUUCUACUUUGAGGCCAGGCGGCAUCCCGCGAACUCUAGCGCUGGUUCGAGAACCCAGAGCGAGAAAUAUGCAGUCGAAGGCUAUCGGUUGAUUGGCAGCAGUGCCGGAAACUCGCUGAAACCAUACUGGAGUUUUGCACUUCCCGGCCUCUUUGUAGCGGGUGCCCUGUUGUAA